UAGAAGGGAUCCUGCCGCCAUCACUCUCUCUCUCUAUUAUCUUUUCCCUCCUUUCUUUACCAGCCUACAAUAAUCGCCUUUCUUCCCAUUCUGGACCAUCGCAUCACCUCCUUCAAUCGAUGCUGAUCAUCGAUCCUGCUUUCAAUCUCUUCCCAAUCACUACCUUUACCAGUCUCAUAAGAUCCUGACCGUCCAAAAGACCCCAUCCGAAUCAAACCUCCCUGCAAUUUCCUCCCCCCCCCUUUAUACCCUCACGCUUCUGCGGAAAUUCCCGGAACCGAGUAUGAUAGCCGCUUCAAGGUGUUUCAGUGCUCACAAGAUCGUCAAUUGCGGUGGACUGAUGAACGUGCGCCGCAUCUGUCAGAAUUCAAAGCUUCCACACCUAUUCGAUCGUUCCCCAAGCAUUGAUCGCUUUGCGGGGCCAAGCAGUGGUUGUAGUGUUGUCAGAAGAGAUCAUUUUCUUCGUGGCAGCAGCAUCGAAGUAUCCAGGAGUAGCAAUGCACUGUUUGGUAGAUAUGCAAGGCAUACAUGCAAUCCAAUUGGUGGAGCAAAAAGAUGGAGCUUUUUCGAGCAUUUGAAUGGGUUUCUUUCAGAUUCAUCUUCGUCAAGGUGGAGCAGAGCUUCCAAAGAAUCAACUUUGUUACAGAAGGGACAGGCAUUGUUUUCAACCUCCACUAGUGAUGUUAUGGGUACAAAGCAGGUUGGAUCAGGAAAGCUAACCCAAAACAAGUUGGUUAAAAAAGAACCUGCGGAAGAGCAAGUUGCAGAUAUGAAAAUCCUUCAGACUCUUGCAAAAUAUUUAUGGUUGAAAGAUAACCUAGAAUUCCGUUUGAGGGUGAUGAUGGCUUUAGGUCUUCUUGUAGGGGCAAAGGUUUUAAACGUUCAAGUGCCUUUCUUGUUCAAGCUUGCUAUUGACUGGUUAUCAACUGUAACUGGUUCUGCUAACACGCUGGCCUCAUUUACUGCUGCUAAUUCCACUCUGCUGGCACUUUUUGUGAGCCCAGCAGCUGUUCUAGUUGGAUAUGGAAUAGCACGUGCAGGAGCAUCAGCCUGCAAUGAGUUACGAAAUGCUGUGUUUUCUAAGGUAGCCUUGCGAGCUAUCCGGACUGUUUCUAGAAAGGUAUUUGCACACCUGCAUGACCUUGAUCUUAAAUUUCAUUUGAGCCGGCAAACAGGUGCAUUGAAUCGCAUAAUUGAUCGUGGUAGCCGGGCAAUUAAUUUUAUUCUUUCAUCAAUGGUAUUCAAUGUUGUACCAACGGUUUUAGAGAUAUCUAUGGUGUCAGGUAUCCUUGCAUACAACUAUGGUGCGUCGUUUGCGUGGAUCACAUCCUUAUCUGUUGCUGCGUAUGUUGCUUUCACAUUGACUGUGACGCAGUGGCGAACUAAGUUUAGGCAGGCCAUGAACAAAGCUGAUAAUGAUGCAAGUUCAAGAGCAAUUGACUCACUUAUAAAUUACGAGACUGUCAAGUAUUUCAACAAUGAGUCUUUUGAAGUUCAAAAAUAUGACAAGUUUUUAAAGAGAUACGAAGAUGCUGCUUUGAAAACACAAAGCAGUCUUGCGUACUUAAACUUUGGUCAAAAUGCGAUAUUUAGUACGGCUCUGUCAACAGCCAUGGUUUUGAGUUCCCAUUGUAUUAUGAGUGGCACGAUGACAGUUGGGGAUUUGGUAAUGAUUAAUGGGCUUCUCUUUCAACUGUCUGUACCCCUCAACUUCCUCGGAAGUGUAUAUCGUGAGACUAGGCAGAGUCUUAUUGACAUGAAAUCAAUGUUUCAGUUGCUCGAGGAGAAACCUGAAGUAAGAGAUGAUCCUGACGCCAAGCCUUUAGUGUUAAGUGGAGGAAGCAUUCAAUUUGACAAUGUACACUUCGGAUACCUAACAGAACGAAAGAUUCUUGAUGGAGUAUCUUUUGUUGUACCAGCAGGAACAAGCGUGGCUAUUGUUGGAACUAGUGGCAGUGGUAAAUCAACCAUACUCAGAUUGCUCUACAGGUUUUUUGACUCUCGAUCUGGAACUAUAAGAAUAGAUGGUCAAGAUAUACGGGGUGUGACACUUGAGAGUCUUCGGAAGUCUAUUGGUGUUGUACCACAGGAUACUGUACUUUUCAAUGACACAAUAUUUCAUAACAUACACUACGGUAAAUUAUCAGCUACCGAAGAGGAGGUGUUCAAUGCUGCUCGACAUGCAGCCAUACAUGAUACUAUCAUGAAUUUCCCUGAGAAAUAUUCAACCAUAGUUGGGGAACGAGGACUUAAGUUAAGUGGUGGAGAAAAGCAGCGUGUAGCACUUGCCCGCACUUUCUUGAAGGGGCCUUCUAUUCUGUUGUGUGAUGAAGCUACAAGUGCUCUUGAUAGUACAACAGAAGCUGAGAUACUGAGUGCAUUGAAGUCUCUAGCAAAAAAUCGGACUUCGAUCUUUGUUGCGCAUCGGCUUACAACUGCAAUGCAAUGUGAUGAGAUCAUUGUUUUGGAGAAUGGCAAGGUAGUAGAACAGGGCCCACAUGAAGUUCUCUUGUCGAGGGUAGGAAGAUAUGCCCAGCUAUGGGGACAGCAAAAUAACACUGAUGGAAUUGACAUAACCAUCAAAUCAGAAAUGUGAUACAUCUAGACAAAAAAACACCGAUGCGGUUGACAUAAACCAUCAAAUCAGAAAUGUGAGGCAUCUAGAAUUUCAAUGAGCUGUGUCCCAAUCGUUUAUACGUAGUAUUACAUACCUUGUAGAACAGUUCUUUUUUUUUUUCCAGUUAUUUGUAACAAGGUUUUAAUUUUGUACGAAAAAAUGUAUUAUUUUUUGGGCUCCCUGGGCUUAUUCUGACGAUAUUGUAUUGCAAUUUUAACAUUGGGAUCUGGUCCCAUCUUACCAAACAAUCGUAUGUACACCAUUAUAGAGGGAAUGGAUGAUGCCAUGGAAGGAGGUUUUAUUAGA